AUGGCCAGUGAAGCUUUGAAUUUGCGCGGUCCAAUUGGAUACGACGACAGAAUCACAAGUAUCCAAGAUCACGCGUACACUCCGUACACAACUUCUUUCAAUCACAACGAUGAAAUACGCAUAGUCAUUCAAAAUCAGGAUUUAUACGUUCUGCCGCACAGAAGCUACAUUUAUAUAGAAGGACGUGUUGUUGUUAAUGCCCCUGACGCCGCUACCUCACAGGCAGCCGAUAGAGUACCGCCAGACUUUGUUAAUAAUGCCGCAGCAUUCCUUUUCAAUGAAAUACGAUAUGAACUAAAUGGUUUUCCGAUUGAUAUCUGCAAAAACGUUGGUAUAACAUCAACCAUAAAAGGAUAUAUAUCAUUUUCGCCAAAUGAUAUGUCGCGCAUGCAAAUUAGUAGUUGGAACAAGCUUUCAAAUACUAAAGCGACUGCAGGAUACAUCAAUUUUUGUAUACCGCUUAAAAGCAUAUUUGGUUUUGCCGAGGACUACCGCAACAUUAUAAUGAACGCCAAGCAUGAAUUGAUUUUACUACGAAGUAAUUCGGAUGUGAACGUUUUUGUUGGCGAUAACAACAUAUCAUCGAUAGCCAUUGAUAAAAUUCAGUGGCGUAUCCCACAUGUCACCGUCGCCGACGCCGAAAAAUUGAAAUUGAUGCAAAUCAUCAACAAAAAGCAACAGCUUCAACUCAACUACCGCACUUGGGAACUAUACGAGUAUCCACAAAAAACAACGUUAUCACCGCCAACAAAAGUCAUUUCGAUCAUUGCGACUUAUCAGAACUAA